AUGUUAUUUUCGUCCCCAGUGCAGGCUGCUCCAUGCCGGGGCAAGCUGGGCUUUAAGUGGGCGGUGCGCAGCGUCAUCCUGAUGACUCGCUUCUGCCGCUACUUCAUGUCCCGUUCCAACUAUCGCCAAUUCAUGGAGUUCAACUUCCGGGAGACCAUCACCAACCAGCCGGCCGGUGGAACGGGUAAAAGUCUGGUGUUUGACCUGAACCACUUCAAAGUGAAAGAGGACCGGAUCCCUGUCCUGCUGGUGGAGAUUAUGCGGAAGUGCCCGGAGGAGCGUUCUGAGUCGGAGGUGUUGCUGGUUCACAACAUGCUGAGCUCUGUGAGCAUGUUCCGUCGCUACAGUGGAACCUUGCAACUCCUUCUGGCCAGGGUGGUUCGCUAUCAGAGGUUGGAGCGGCGCAGAGUGGUCAUUAAGAAGGGCCAUUGGGGACACAGCUUCUACUUUGUGUUCUCUGGGCUCCUGGCCGUCACCAAGGACAACGACGGUAGCAGUGCCUUCGUGGAUAAGGAGCCCAUCCUCAUCAAGAAGGGCAUGAGCUUCGGGGAUGUGGCCUUGAUCAAAACGCUGAGGAGGAAUGCCACUGUGGUGUGCAUGGAGGAGACGGAACUCAUGGUGGUCGACAAGGAAGACUUCUUCGCUAACAAGAUGGACGUAGAGCUCAAGAGGGAGUUUGACUAUCGCUUCAGAUUCUUCCGGUCACUCCAGCUAGUGUCCUCCUGGUCAUACUCUCUCAUUGAACAGAUGGCUGACCAUUCCAAGGCCGAGCAAUUUCGAUACGGCCACGUGGUCGUCAAGGACACCAACGACAUGGGCAACAUCAUUUUCAUUGGCAAGGGCCAAUGUGACGUGUUGAGAGUGGUGGACCUUACCUCCUGCAGUACCUACCAACGCCUCCUAAAACAGUAUGCAGACUCAGUAAGCAGAGGUACAUGUUUGCCAACACAUGGAUUCAAAGGCGAGCUGACAAACCAACCAGGAAGUGUCAUAAAACACAAAGUCCUCCUCAAUAAUCCUCCACGUCCUCCCAGAGGACUUCCUGCAGACUUGCCCACCAGCGCCUGUUUCCUGAUCGACACCCUUCAUCAGAGCGGCACAUUUGGUCUGAACCAGUACCUGAUGCCGUCGAAGCAGAGAGACUGUCGCAGGUUCACUCUGGUCAGCCAGAGCGUGGAGAUCCUGCGGGUGGAGAAGACUCGCUUUGACAAGCUGGUGGACAACACCACCAUGAAGAAGCUGGAGGCCCUGCAGAAAACCUACCCAAGCGACGACGAGCUGUGCACUGUGUUCCUGGAACACAGCCGCUGGAAAGACUACAAACACAGUGUGAUACAGGACCUGUUCCCCGACCGGGUCGCCCCAAUCAGAAACCCCAAAACCCAGAAGCAGCAGGUCACAGUGGCCCCAGCCAGGCCCUUCAGCAGACCAGACACGUGGUCAACAGGCUGA